AUGAUAUCUACUAGAGUUGGUGAAUCGAUACCACCGAAUACGAAGCAUGCAGUUUCCGUUUGUCUGCCCACUUGGGAGACUACAGUUGGUUAUGAGGAGGGCAAACCAGAAGUGAUAGAGUCUUUAACCACUGGAUAUCCAAGAUUCUUCAUCCAUAAGGCCAUUCAGAGGUUGUGUCAAGUGCUGCAAGAUAAAUAUGCCAAAGAGAAUGAGACUUGUCUUUGUUUCCCAUCUUAUGAAGUAGCAAAGAGGUGUAGGGAGUACAUUGCAGUCAAGAGUGUUAGUAUGAACAAUGGUAGGCCAGCUCCCAAGGUGAGAAUCUUACAAUUGGCAACAUCUAAACCUGUGACUCCUGAAGAAGCUAAAUGGAAAAGGGAAAGUAAAGUGGCAGUUGUGUUCGUUGAUAAGCAAUAUUGGCCCCUAAUGAAACAGUACUGGCAACACGCUGGUGAAAUAUUAUCGAGUCGUUUGGCAGAAUAUGUGCUCCACGAAUUGUUUAUUGUUGAGAAAUCAAGCAAGACUCGUCAAGAUAGGGAAUCUCGAGUGGAAGUUAGGGAUGAAGAGGAAUUUAUCGAGCAGAGAUUUGGUAGAAACCUAGAUUUUUCGUAUGCUGAUACUGCAAAAUCGUUAAUUAAAAGACGUAUUGCUACUAAGGUUGUCGAUGGUGAGGCUGAUUCUCACGAGGAACCGCCAAGAGCUACUGAACAAUUUGUUGAGCAUGUUGUCGAUGCAGAGGAUGUAACACCGGGUGUAGCAUCUACCAUUCCUGCAGAACCAUAUCACGAACCUUCUUCGUCUGCUACCCGUACAGGUUUACACGUCAAUCCAGAUAAAGAUGUAUAUUUGUUUCCCAGCGGUAUGGCAUCAAUAUUCACGGCACAUCGGUUAUUGUUACAUUUAGACGCUCAAAGAGUGCAAAGGUCGAGAUUGGGCCAACACUCUACACCAUCGUCAUCAAGACAGGGCAGUGGUAUUCAAUCACCACUGCCAAGGGAAUCGAUCGGUUAUGGUGAACCUUACAAAAAGACUGUAAUGUUCGGAUUCCCCUACACUGAUACACUAUCUAUUUUGGAAAAAUUCAAUCAUACUUAUUUCCUAGGUUCUGGUGAUUCAAAAGCCAUGGAGGAGUUGAAGAAAAUUCUGCAUUCCGGUGAACAGAUUCUGGCUCUAUUUAUGGAGGCGCCUUCUAAUCCGUUGUUAAAGAUGGGUGACUUGAUUGAAUUGAGAGAAUUGGCCAAUUCCUUUGGAUUUUACAUUGUAGUGGACGAUACAGCUGGUGGAUUUGUCAAUAUCGAUGUACUGCCAUUUGCUGAUAUUGUUUGCAGUUCUUUGACGAAGAUCUUUAGUGGUGAUUCUAACGUAAUUGCGGGUUCUAUUGUAUUAAACCCACAAUCCAAGUUAUACAGUUUUGCCGAGACUUUCAUGGAACAGCAGUAUGAAGAUUGCCUUUGGUGUGAAGAUGCGUUGUAUUUGGAGAGAAACUCUAGAGACUUCGUGGCUAGAACUUUAAAAGUAAACCAGAACACUGAGCGGUUGUUGAAUAAAGUACUGUUACCGCAAGAGGGGAAACUGUUCAAAAAGAUCUACUAUCCAAGUUUAACUUCAAAAGAGACUAAAAAGAAUUACGAUGCUGUAAGGGGUCAUCAAGGAGGCUACGGGGGGUUAUUCUCAUUGACCUUCUACAAUUUGGAUUCUGCUAAAACAUUUUUCAACACUUUACAAUUAUGCAAAGGUCCAUCAUUAGGUACAAAUUUUACGCUGGCAUGCCCCUAUGCUAUAAUUGCCCAUUAUCAAGAAUUAGAUCGUGUAGCAAAGUACGGUGUGGAAUCAAAUCUAGUAAGGGUGAGCGUUGGAUUAGAGCGUGAAGACGAACUUUGUAAAGUUUUUCAAACUGCCAUUGAUGAAGCGUCAAAGAAUAUUUGA